UUCGGAGAACGUUUACAUAGUCCACAAAAAAAUUUCUAUAAAUUCACAACAACACAAAAUUCAUCACUCACCUUCUCCACACUCUUUCCCCGGUUUCGAUUUCGAAGAUCCUUUUUCUCCCUCACAAACCUUAACCCUAAUUAUUUCAAUUCAAAGAACAACGCUUUAUUGAGAUGAAAAGGAAAUUCACGACAUUAAGGGAUGAAACUGAAUCUGAAAUCGAGUUUCAGUCUUUGUAUGUAACCAAUUAUCAUCUCGAAGAUAACGAUGGCGAACCCGUGUGUUUCUCUGUUCUACCGUUUAAAUGGGGCGCUUCUAAGGUUUCCAAAGUUGAUGAUACCGAAAAGGGGUUGAAGAUAUUUUUGCAUGGAUCUGCUGACAAUGGGUUGCAGACAAUUUUCAUGGAGGUUACUGCAUGGAAGUUUGAUCUAACUGGUUUGAAACCUGAGGUAUCGUUGUUGUCGAAGGAUAAAAGAUGGAUCAAGCUUCAAAAGCCGAGGAAAAGCUUUCAGAAAACUGUGAAAAAUGCUUUGAUUACUCUCUAUUUUCUUCGUUGUGCUAAGAAAAAUCCUCGAUUAUCUGUUGAGUCUUUUUGGUGCAACGUGUGCAAGGAUAAGGAUUUGAGCUCUUAUGGGUUUAAGCCUUCACAAAAGGAUUUACUGGAUCAUAUGUCUCUGAUUGGUGAAGCUACUACAAGAGAUGUUGGCUUAGCUAAUUCUAAGCUUUUGCUCUCAGUUUUAGGGGACAAGUCCGGGGAUCAGAAACCAUCUGAUGAGGAAUUUGAUACUAACAAUGAUAUCAUAGAAGAAUCUGAUGAAGACUCAAAAGUAGAGGAUGAUUUGUUUGAUUCUUUUUGUGCAUUGUGCGACAAUGGCGGUAAUCUCAUUAUGUGUGAUGGAGCAUGCAUGAGGUCAUUUCAUGCUACUAAGGUGGAUGGUAGGGAAUCUUUAUGUGAUUCUCUUGGUUUUACCAAGAAGGAAGUUGAUGAUAUUGAGACGUUUUAUUGUAAGAAUUGUGAAUAUCAUCAGCAUCAAUGCUUUGCAUGUGGCGAGCUGGGUUCUUCUGAUAAAGAUAAGGAUGCUGAGGUCUUUAAAUGUGCUUCUGAAACCUGUGACCGUUUCUAUCAUCCACAUUGCAUUGCCCCAUUAGUUAAGCAUGUUUCCGAGGAUCUUGAGAAAAAUAAUGCUGAUGGGCAGACAUUUUCUUGUCCAAUUCAUUUUUGCUGCGUCUGUGAAGGCUUGGAAAAUAAGAUGGACCCUGAGUUGCAAUUUGCAGUUUGUAACCGUUGUCCAAAGUCAUAUCAUCGCAGAUGUUUGCCUACAGAGAUUGCGUUUGAUGACAUUGAUGAUGUUGCAACAAGGGCUUGGGAAGGUCUUUUGCCAAACAAUCGUAUCCUUAUAUAUUGCCUAAAUCAUGAGAUCAGUGAUGAGCUUGGGACUCCUGUAAGAGAUCAUAUAAAAUUCCCCGACACUAGAGCUAGUGUUCGGGACAUCAAUACUCCUGAUAAGAAGAUGAAGCCUACAACUACAGAGGGGGUUAAAUUUAAGAGCAAUGUUGACUUUGUUAAAUCAUCUGAUAAGAGCACUGCAGAAGGAUCUAAAGUGACUGGAAAACUGCCUUCUAGUAAAAUUGGCAGCAAAAAGUCCUCCGGAGAGACCAGUGAUAAGCUUGAUACUUCUGUAAGAGAUCAUAUAAAAUUCCCCGACACUAGAGCUACUGUUCCGGAAAUCAAUACUUCUAAUAAGAGGAUGAGGCCUACAACUACAGAGAGAGUUGAAUUGAAGAACAACGUUGGCUUUGUUAAAUCAUCUGGCAAGAGCACUGCAGAAGGAUCUAAAGUGACUGGAAAACUGCCUUCUAGUAAAAUUGGCAGCAAAAAGUCCCCUGAAGAGACCAGUGAUAAGCUUGAGACUCCUGUAAGAGAUCAUAUAAAAUUCCCCGAUACUAGAGCUACUGUUCCGGAAAUCAAUACUUCUAGUAAGAGGAUGAGGCCUACAACUACAGAGAGAGUUGAAUUGAAGAACAAUGUUGGCUUUGUUAAAUCAUCUGGCAAGAGCACUGCAGAAGGAUCUAAAGUGACUGGAAAACUGCCUUCUAGUAAAAUUGGCAGCAAAAAGUCAUUUGAAGAGACCAGUGAUAAGCUUGAGACUCCUGUAAGAGAUCAUACAAAAUUCCCCGACACUAGAGCCACUGUUCCGGAAAUCAAUACUUCUAAUAAGAGGAUGAGGCCUACAACUACAGAGAGAGUUGAAUUGAAGAACAAUGUUGGCUUUGUUAAAUCAUCUGGCAAGAGCACUGCAGAAGGAUCUAAAGUGACUGGAAAACUGUCUUCUAGUGAAAUUGGCAGCAAAAAGUCCUCGGAAGAGACCAGUGAUAAGCUUGAGACUCCUGUAAGAGAUGAUAUAAUAUUCCCUGACACUAGAGCUACUGUUCUGGAAAUCAAUACUUCUAAUAAGAGGAUGAUGCCUACAACUACAGAGAGAGUUGAAUUGAAGAACAAUGUUGGCUAUGUUAAAUCAUCUGGCAAGAGCACUGCACAUGGAUCUAAAGUGCCCGGAAAACUGCCUUCUAAAACUGGUAGCAAAAAGUCUACUGAAAAGAUCGUAUCUGGUUCAGAUGUUUCAAGGACCCCGGAAUCAAAGGAAAUGUCAAGUAAGUGUGUGACUGAAUACAAGUCAUCCUCAAAGAAUUUGUCUGAAAAGGCGAUUUCUUGUUCAGAUAUUUCAUGGAACCCGGAAUCAAAUAAAAUAAGUUUGACUGAAGAAAACAAGAAGUCAAAUUCAAAGUUGUCUGGGAAGGUGAUUUCUGGUUCACAUAUAUCAAGUAAACCAAAAUCAAAUGAAAGAUCUGAAACGGGUUUGACUAAAAACAAGAAGCCAAUGCCCAAGUGUGAGGUAAAAAAGCACCCAACUGGUCAGAAAUUGUGUGCUUCUAUGAAUAAAGGUUCUGAGCAAAUAAAGUACGACAAUCAGGUCGAUGAUGCAGAUAAUCAGACCCUGUCGAUCAUGCCUCUUAGAAGUUUAUUGCCUCCACCAGAUGCUGAUUCAGAGAAGGGGCUUGUGGAUUCGUUUAAAGAAGCUAGAUCCUCAAUAUUGUUGGAGGGUGUGAUAAAAAAGCACAAGUUGGGAGAUGUUGGGGAUAAGGCCAUUACAAUGAGGAAGCUGGAUGACUCAGUUGACUUGACUACUAAACAGAAGGUAUUACCCAAGGAGCAUGGUCACAUGGACAGUGACAAGUUGGCUGCUAAAAAUAUUAUGGAGAGUAAGCUGGAUGACUCAGUUGACUUGACUACUAAACAGAAUGUAGUAGCCCAGGAGCAUGGUCACAUGUACGGUGACAAGUUGGCUGCUGUUAUGGAUGGUGAUUCCGGGGACAAGCUCAUGCCGAAUCAUGAUCUCUUAAAGUCAACUGAUGAUCAAGAACUAGCACCUGUAAAUGAAAGUAAGGAAAAAAGCUCACAUGAUGGUAACGCUGACCAGGAGAGUCAAGACAAACAUGAAUUUAAGACAAGCAAGUCUUUGAAGACAGCUGGGAAGAGAAAUCAAAUUGAUAAAAAUGAUCGCGAUUCUUCUCAUGUCAACAAGCAUUCAGCUCGUUUUGCAGCUGCUCGUAAAUCAAAAUUUGGAACUGGUCUAAAUGUAAAAUUUGCACCCAUCCAUUCAGGUGGUUGGCUCGAAGAGUAGUUUUUAAAUAUUUUAAUUUAUAAACUUAAGAGGGAAUUAUGAUGUACAUUUAGAUCUUGGAGUAUGGUUCACCUAAAUUAGUCAGAUAUCUUACUUUCUUUACUAUAAGCUUUUUUGGUGUGAAAAAAUCGGUGGUUUCGCCUUACUCUAGAAUUAGGCGCUGACUUGCUUCUGCUAUGAUUGAAUUAUUUUUUUUGAACGUGUAGUAUAUAAAGGCUGUCUGAUAUGA